GGCUCCGAAUGGGUCGCAGUCGCAGCCGCUCCCCGCGGAGGGAGUGUAGGCGGCCCCGGUCCACGUCCCAGGAGAGAGAACGCAGGCGCCGAGAAAGGUCCUGGUCCCGAGAGCGAGAUAGGAGAAGAAGCCGCUCGCGAUCCCCACACAGAAGACGUUCCAGGUCCCCAAGGCGACAUAGAUCCACAUCUCCUUUCCCUUCUCGACUAAAAGAAAGAAGAGAUGAAGAGAAGAAAGAAACAAAAGAAACAAAGAGCAAAGAACGUGAGAUAACUGAGGAAGACUUAGAGGGCAAAACAGAGGAAGAAAUAGAAAUGAUGAAGUUAAUGGCAUUUGCCUCCUUUGACUCCACAAAAGGGAAAAAGGUGGAUGGCUCUGUAAAUGCCUAUGCCAUAAAUGUGUCUCAGAAGAUGAAGUAUAGGCAGUACAUGAAUCAAAAAGGUGGAUUCAACAGACCUUUGGAUUUCAUUGCAUGA